AUGGGGGCAAAUGAUCAAGGUGAAAGUUCUAAUGGGGAUCCUUGUAAGCCCUUGUGGAAGCGGCUUUGGCAUCUCCACUUGCCAGCAAAAAUCAAGGUUUUUGCUUGGAGAGCUUGUGUCAAUGGUCUCCCUAUGAUGGAAGCCAUUUUUAGAAGAUGGAUUUCUCAAAAUAUGGCCUGCCCUGUUUGUGGAAAUGAUGCUGCAUCUGUUGAUCAUGCUCUUCUUACAUGUGAUUUCUCAUCCUUGGUUUGGGACUUUUGGCUUGAAAAUCCUCUUCACACCCAAGGAUUUAAAAAUUCCUUCCUAGACUCGGCUCUAUCUGUCCUCUCUCACUCAACUCUUCAAGAUUUGGAGCUCUUCUUUGCCACGGCUUGGGCCAUAUGGUCUAACAGAAAUAGUAUAGUGCAUAAGGAUGGUGGUCUUUCCCCUCUCCAAGUUUGGCAUAGAGCAAGAAGUGCUGUGGAAGAAUUUACAUGCUCUACUAGUUGGGAUUUUGGCUUAGUAAGGCCUGCCUCAUCUAGAUGGAGCCCACCCCCUCCUGGAGUUUUUAAAGUAAAUGUUGAUGGUGCUUCUUCAGAACAAGAAGGUUCUUCCAGUGUGGGUGUUGUUAUUAGAGACUUCAAUGGUCAAGUAGUGGCUGCUUUGUGCUUGCCGCUUCAGUCUUAUUUUUCUACAGAGCUUUCGGAAGUUUUUGCUUUGGAGCAAGGUGUCCUUUUUGCUCAAGAGCUUCAGCUGCCUCGGAUUAUUGUUGAAUUUGAUGCUCUGGCAGUUAUUCAAGCAGUUAAUGAUAAAGCUACAGGGAGCAUAUUUGGCCACCUUAUUCAGGAACACCCUUUCUAA